UCACCAUUGGUACUAUGCUGAGCAACACGUCCUGAAAGGCAGCUUCAAGCUCCCCUUCCUCGGACAUUACGGCUACACUGCGCUGCGUUCAAAUAGCCCUUUCUGCUGACAAGAGCGGGGUGCCAAAUAAUACGAUCAAUUGUAGUGUUCAUACUUAGGGUGUUUUUUCAAAGACACAAUGUCAGGCGGGAAUAACUUCUUAGCCAUUCCGGGUCAGGAGAAUCUUUUCAAAACCGUGAAAAAUGCGAGGUCGGCGGAAGAGACAUGCAGCUCGACAGCGGAGGAUGAGGAAGACGAAGAAGCCGAAGAGAGCCACCGACUUAUACCGAGGUCCUCCCCCGUGCCGAGAAGGCGCGGAAUGUCCAUUUUCGAUGAAACGGCUGAGUACAUGAGGAUUCGUCUGGCUCUGCCCAGCAGAAGAGUGUCAUUCGCGGAUUCUUCGGGCGGGGAAUUAGUAGAAGUUAAAGAGUUUGUUGCUUUUGACUCGGACGAAGAGGAAGACCCCAGGUGGGAGGAAGAAGAGGCACGCUACCGCCCACCGAGCCGCGAACCAACAUACGAAGUGUGCCCGGACUUCCAGGUGCCAACAGGCGCAGCGCUGAUCCUCGCAGUGCACACCAAUAAAGUGGAAGUGGAGUAUGUGUCCACUGUGGAGGACGAGCCCCUUGCAUUUACCGGCCUGAUUCGAGUUCUGAACAUUUCCUUUAAUAAGGCAGUGCAUGUUCGCUUCACCAUGGAUGGCUGGAGCUCUUUCUUUGAUUAUCCUGCGGAAUAUGUCCAGGGCUCUAACGAUGUGGAGACAGACAAGUAUUCCUUCAAGCUUUCAUUUGCCCCGCCUUACUUAAAUCACGGUGCCCGAAUUGAGUUCGUUGUGCGCUUCGAAACCCCCGAGGGAGACUACUGGGCAAACAACGGAGGGAAGAAUUACGCGAUGGUUCUGAAUUUAUCCUACAAAGACAACUGUGCUCGAGGGGGUGGGGCUGAUGAUCGGAAACUGAAAAGUAUCCUGAAAGACACCAGUUCCAGAAUGGAGGAUGAUGAGACACUGGCUGCAGAUGAAGAGGAAGAGGAAUUAAGGAGCACAGAGGGUCAAACAAGUGCAUGGAAGCCAUCUCCUGCUCAACCCCAAAUCACUCAUCCUGAGAUUGACAUUGAGACUAAAGAUGCCAUAUCCAGCUCUCCUCCCAAGUCCAAAACAGAUCUUCAACCAACAGAUGAUGUUCCAAUUUGUGCUGCUUCUUCCCGUGAUGAAAAUCUCCUCUCCUCUUCAGCCAAGGAACGGGAAGUAGAUGCACCAGCAGUAACAAACCAGCCCAUAACUACCCACGCCCCACUGCAAAUGCCUCAAAUACCCGAUUUUACAAAAGAUAAUCAUGCCGUGAAAGAGCACAGCGAUGAUGUCACCUCUAUACUGGGUGCACAAAUGAAUAUCCCUGGUGCUGAAACACUCCUCGCAACUAGCAUGGAAGACAGUGAGACGUCAAGUCUCGUCUCAGAGUCAGACAUUUCCCCCCAGCCCACCAAAUCAGACCCACAGCCAGCAGUCCUAGACAAAGUGCCUUUACAAGGCUGUUCUUUUCCCCUCGAUGUGGCAACACCUGACAAGGGUAGAGACAGGCCAUAUGCAGAUUUGGUGACUGGAGAAAGUAACCAAAGGUCUUUUAAGACUCAAGAGCAACCUGCUGGCCCUUCCAGUGCCGCUGAUGAAUCAGAGACUGAACCCAGAACUGGGGGUAAAUUCGAGGUUAAGGACACAGGGGCCCUUGAAAGUCACCCAUGCUCAGAGAGUGAAAGGCAGGUAACAAGAACAGUGGCGAAGGCCUGCUUUGCUUCACCUGAGGGUGCUGGGAAACUGACCAUGAGGGAUGACUCUCCUGUUGGUGAAGAGACCACCUGGACAGCAUCGACGAGGAUGCAAAGUGAGACCUUCCAGGCUGAUGGAGAUGAAUCGUGGGGCCUGGCCUCAGCUGGGCAGGUUGGGGCAACCCAAAGUCAAACCGGCCCUCUCACAGUGCCUCACUCUAACCCUGCCCUUCACACCUCACCUCCCCAGUAUCUCCAACAAGAAGUGGUCACCGAGAUUGAAAAGUCAGGUGCUGUUCUCUCUGGUGGCCUGGACUCCAUAGAAUCUUUCGUGACCCCUCAGAGUCUUGACAGUACAGAAAAUAAGGAGGAGACACAAGAGCAGGUACCAGCAUCAGCCUUCCUUCUGGCUCAGAGGGCUGAGUCUGCAGCCAAACUGCACCAAGCACUCUGGGUAUCUGUAAUCUGCUUCACUUUAGCAGUUUGCCUGGCGAUGUCUCUUCAAUACCUUCACAUCUCACUCUUUGUGAUGUUGUGUCUCGUCUGCAUCUGUAAUUGAACACCUACUUUCCACCAGCAUUUCCUCCAGUAAGUGCCGAUACUAUUCAUGUGUAAACACAGUAUGGUUUACAAAUCUAGUAAAGUAGUACAGGCAUGAUUUUUCACUUGCGGUUUGUCCACUUUCUAAUCUUAUGUGCUUCAUAAAUUAUUUCCCGUUUCCCUCCCUUUUCCAUGCAAGUGAAUGGCACCUACCUGAACUCUUGAAGUGCAAAGUCUUGACCUAAACUCAGAUGUUAAUGAUAAAUACAAAGAUGAACAAAUCCUGUUGAAAUGAACAAUGGUUGUCACACCUUAGUGAUAAAAUGUAAAAAUUACCUGAAUUGAUAUUGAGCUAUUGAGUUAUAUAGCUAUCGUUUCCACUGAUUUCAGAACCAUUUUUAAUGCUGCUUCAAUGACACAAUAUUUCAAGCCAACUAGUGCCUUAUAAAAUUAUCAAUAUUUUAAUUUCAGCACAUGCAUUCAGAUGCACUUGGAAGGCACACAAUGUCAAAAUAUUUGAGGAAAUGCAAAUUUAUAACUAAAUGACUUGUAGCUAAAAUAAUCUAACAUUACGAAACAAAUAGGUGAUUUUCCAUUGUCAAAAGCAGAACCAUGAACUAAGACUGCACUGUUACAUUGCAUUAUUACAAUUUAGCAGACACUCUU